AUGCCUGUCGACCACGAGCUCAACGUCUUCUCUGGCGAGGAAGCCCUCCGUGCGUUCUACGAUCCUGAUGCCCAAGCUCCUGUGCCCCUCGUCGAGCUGCCAGAGCGGCUGAACCCUCUGCGCAAAGAUGGCGUCCGCAUCUACGCCAAGCUCCUCAGCCAUCUGCCUGCGACGAACGUCAAGUCACUCCCUGCACUCAACAUGCUCCUACGCGGCUAUGAGAAGGGCAAGAUCACUGAGGACACGCACACCAUCGUCGAGUACUCGUCCGGGAGUACGGUCAUCUCCCUCGGCAUCCUGGCACACAUCAUGGGUAUUCCCAAUGUUAAAGCUUAUCUGUCGAACAAGACAUCUCCCACCAAACUAGAUCUCCUGCGAACUGUAUUCGGAGGUCACGGGCAACCAGAACCCAACGAUUCAAAUGGCGGUAUAUAUCUCGCGACCCAGCAUGGUCAACAGGAAGGAUUCUAUAACCCAGACCAAUAUUCUAACCCCGAAAAUUACGAGGCGCAUAUGCGCUGGACUGGUCCUCAAAUCCACAAGCAGCUACCCGAGAUCAAGGUCUUCGCAGCAUCUAUCGGCACCUCUGGCACCAUGACAGGAACAGGGCUGUAUCUCAAGAGUGCAAAACCUUCAUGCUUACGAGUUGGUGUCUGCACGGCUCCAGACGACCGCGUGCCAGGCCCGCGAUCCUACAGUCUCCUCGCCCCUGUCGAGUUCCCCUGGCGAGAAUCCGUGAAUGCAGUGGAGGAAAUUGCGUCCCCCGAGUCGUUCGAGAAGAGCUUGGAACUCUGCCGUAACGGCCUGCUGGUCGGGCCUAGCUCCGGCUUGGCGCUCUUGGGCUUGUUGAAGCAUCUCGGAAAGCUCAAGGAGAAGGGCGAGCUGGACCAGCUGAGGAACGAGGAUACUGGAGAGAUUCCUUGCGUCUUUAUCUGCUGCGACCAGCCAUUCCAGUACAUCAGCGAUUAUUACACGAAGCUCGGCCCAGAGCAUUUCAUUCCAAUUAAAAACGAGCUUCUCCUCGGCGUUGAUCCAUACCCAUACAACGUCGACUGGGAAUUCCCGCCACGUAUUGUCUGUGACCUCCUGCAGGGAAAGACAGUAAUACUCCCGCCUACGCUCUCCACUACAUCCUCCGGAAUGGCGAACACGCUCCAGAUCGAGCCAUCCCGCAUGGUCGUCCUCGACCUCCGCGACGCCGCCGACUUCGCCACGUCCCACAUCCCCGGCUCCGUCAACCUCGACGUCGGUGCGCGCUCUCUGCCAAACCCGUACCAGGACCCGCCGACGAUGGUGCAGCAGUUCGGGCUGCUGGACGCGCGGCUGGCGGCGGCGGACGCGCAGUUUGGCGCGUCGCUGGCAGGCAAGGUCGUCUUCACGCUGUCGUACAAGGGGCACGUGGGCCGGCUUGCAAUGUCGAUUUUGCGGAACCGGAAGGUGCAGGCGCACUGUGUCAUGGGUGGCUCAGACGCUUGGAUGCAGCAAGGAUUUUGGGAGAGUUGUGCGCCUGCGCAUGUGUAG